AACGUAAAGUCUCGACAAAACAUAUUUCGGUAUAUUGAUCGAUAAAUACGCGGGUCACACUCUACAGCUGCGUACGGCGUCUAGAUCGGCGGGAAAAGCUGCACACAAUAUAGAGAUGGCACCCGAAUCACCCGAAAGAUCGAGCCCGAUCGGGCGUCGAUACUGCGGCAUGGGAAACCAUAUGCUCAGAGAGCCACACACCAGGGUCAGUGAUCGAAAAGUUUUACACUUUGGACAAAAGAUAAAUUCAGAACUGCGGCCCGAUACGCCACUGUGUAAGACUUGUUACGAUAAACUGGAAGAAAUCUACAAAUAUAAGGCAUAUAAUGCGCGAGAGCAUCAAAGGAGGAAGCAGGCCGAGAGUCAGCGACAAGAUGUUACCAACCCCUCGGACAACAGCUCGACGACGUCCACCUCCGUUCCACGUAGAUUGGCGACGGCCACAGCGGCAAUUAGACGACCAACUCCCGUGCCCGUAAUUGCAACUCUUAGCGAGGAUAACAUGCCCACAACUAGCGCGGCUGCCGCGGAAAAACGGAAGCGCUCCAACCCACCGCCAGCGGCACAGCAUGUCACACAGUCAUCGCAAAGCUCAUAUGUGAGCGAUGACGAUGAUCCCAACUCGAACCUGAGUUAAAAUGCAGUGAAUGGGACGCGGUUGCCACACAUCCAGCCGAUACCCAGGCGACGCCCGACGGUCCACCUCAAUAAGGAGGCCAUGGAUAUCUAUUUGGCAGGGACCACGGGCGGAUAAUAUUUUGUAACUUGUAAACCAUACUCUUAGCUUAUAAUUAAUGUAGUUGAAUUAAAUUCACC